AUGAGUAUCAUUGGUGGUGAGUACCGUGCGUUUACAGGCGCUACAGUACUCUCUCAACACUAUUUACGGUUCGUACACUCUAAAAGACGUGCGUUAUGUACAUCGCUGACAUUAGGUUCAUCUGCAAUUCCUACAGGCUCUAACUUUUUUACUUGCACAAUGACACCUGCACGACGAUGGCAAUCAACAGCAGGAGCGACGGAUUACUACGCCCGACUUGGUGUUAAACCAGACGCUUCUGCAGAUGAAAUAAAGGCGGCAUACAAGAAACUUGCUUUACAAUAUCAUCCUGACCGUAAUAGCGAUCCUGGUGCGGAAGAAAUGUUUAAGAAUAUUUCUGAAGCUUAUCAUGUGAUUGGAAAUAAAGAGCGUCGAAGAGAGUAUGAUAUGAGACGUAGUGCAUCUUCUUUUACAGGAGGUGGAAAUAGCAGUGGUUAUGCUAGUUCUUCUUCGACGGGAUUUAACCGCCAAGGUCCAAUGGGUUAUCAACACAUGUCUAAAGAGGAGGCUGAUCGACUCUUUCGUGAGAUAUUUGGUGGGAUGCGUGUGGAACAGAUAUUCCGCAAUCUUGAAGAAGAGAUGCGGCGCAACAGUAUGAGUGGUAGACAUAGUCGUGUAUCGCAAGAGUUCAGUGGAUCCGAACAGGCUUUUCGCCCUUUUUUCCGUAACGAAUCAACACGUGUCUUUACAGAUGGUCAUGGUAAUCGCAUGGAGGAACAUACAUAUACAGAUCCACAGGGUAAAACGUUUACGGUACGUAAAGUAACUAGUGAACAACCUAACGCUAGCACAAAUCAAAAGACAGAAGAAUUUUACAGUGGUAAUGCCUCAACCAAUCGAGAUGGACGUUUUCACUAUGGUAACUCUUCAUUUAAGGUAAAUCCCCGGAACUUCACUGAUGACUUUGGUCAAGCGUUCUUUGGAGUACGAACACACGGGAGACAUCCAAUUGUUGCCAUGAUGAUUGUUGCUGCAUGGGGAAUAGUGAUAGGUACAAUAGUACUGGGCUUCUUUAUAUUUCUUGCUUCACACCCAUUCUUUACCUUGGCAGUGUUAUUUCUCAUCUUUUUAAGGCGUUUACGGUAUUUUUGA